GUCAGCUGUCCCCGGGACUUGGCGCGAACCUUUGGAGAAUGGCUGCCUGCAAGCUGAAGAGCAAAGUGGCCUCUGCCUUCAAAAUGCAUGGCCUGGUACUGCGGGCAGAGGCCAGUAAAUAUCUCACAGAUGUACUAAGUUCUGUGACUGAGGUGGAAAUUGAAGAUGUGAUUGAUCGAAUCAUAGACACUGUUGAAAAGCAGCCUUUGUCUUCUAAUAUGAUCGAGCUGUCGGCCGUGGAGACAGCAGUACAAGAAUGUAGCCGGUCCAGCGAUGAAAACAUAGAGAAUAUUUUUAAUAUUAUUGGUGCGUAUAACAUACCUCGUUACGUCUACAAUCCAGAAAGAAAAAAAUUCCUUCCUUUGAACAUGACUGACCUUCCUGCACCCAGUCUCAUUGGAAGCUCCAGAGACAAAGCAGAGCUGUUUCGUGAGCGAUAUACAAUCCUGCAGCAGAGAACGCACAGACAUGAACUUUUCACUCCACCUAUUAUUGGCGCACAUCCUAGUGAAAACAGAAGCAAAUUUCAGCUCAAAUCUGUAGAGACCCUCCUGGGCGGUACAGCUAAAAUGGGGGAUGUGAUAGUACUUGGUAUGAUAACUCAGCUCAAGGAGGGCAAGUAUUUUCUGGAAGAUCCCACUGGAGCAGUGCAGCUCGACCUCAGCAAAGCUCAGUUCCACAGUGGCCUAUACACAGAGUCCUGCUUUGUUUUAGCAGAAGGUUGGUACGAAGACAAGAUUUUUCAUAUCAAUGCAUUUGGCUUCCCUCCUACAGAGCCUGCCAGCACCACCAGAGCAUAUUACGGCAACAUCAAUUUUUUCGGUGGACCCGCUACAACUUCUGUAAAGUCUUCAGUAAAGCUGAAGCAGCUGGAGGAGGAGAAUGAGGAAGUCAUGUUUGUGUUUGUGUCUGAUUUAUGGCUGGAUCAAGUUGAAGUUAUAGAAAAGCUGCACGUUAUGUUUUCAGGCUACUCCAGUGCUCCUCCAACCUGCUUCAUCUUCUGUGGGAACUUUUCUUCUGCGCCAUACGGGAAGAAUAAAAUUAAGUCUUUAAAAGAUUCCUUUAAGAAUUUAGCAGACGUUAUAAGUGAAUAUCCAGACAUACACAAAAGUAGCAGAUUUGUGUUUGUUCCCGGUCCUGAAGACCCUGGUCCUGGCUUCAUCUUGCCAAGACCCCCAAUUGCAGAACACAUUACUGAAGAAUUCCGCCAACGAGUACCGUUCUCGAUUUUCACUACAAAUCCCUGCAGAAUACAAUAUUGUACCCACGAAAUAGUUGUGCUUCGGGAAGAUUUAGUAAAUAAAAUGUGCAGGAAUUGUGUUCGUUUUCCUAGCAGCAGUCUGGAUAUCCCUAGCCACUUUGUCAAAACCAUCCUGUCGCAAGGACACCUGACGCCCCUCCCGCUGUGUGUCAGCCCUGUAUAUUGGGCUUAUGAUUAUGCUCUGCGAUUGUACCCUCUGCCUGAUUUGGUGGUCAUUGCAGACAAGUGCGAUCCAUUCACCAUCACGAACACAGAAUGCCUGACUAUGAACCCUGGUUCAUUUCCAAGAAGUGGAUUUUCAUUCAAGGUCUACUAUCCCUCCAGCAAAACUGCUGAAGACAGCAAACUGCAGAAUGUUUGAAUUCACAAAUGCGGAAUAUGGUGAUGUGACUAGAAGACUUUUACAAACAUUUUGUAAAAACAUUUUAUUACAUGUUUAAAUGUAU